AUAUUCGGUAAUAUUACCCGAUGCGGUCGCGAUGAUGUCGCGCCUCAAUAUUCUGCCGCGUCUGCCCGCCUCCCGUCGGCCGAAGCAAAAGUCAUUCAGGCAUGCUUUUUCACCAUUGCGAUUAGUCUUGUGCUGUUGAGUGCCGUUCGUUCAGUUGUUGCCGGUGGCUAUUCAUUUCCUGUAACACAAUUGUUCGGGGCUGCGAUUGCCCCGGCUGCCCUUUUCUCACCACCCUCUCCUUUCCCUCUUUCUUUCUCUCCAUCUCUCACGGCCAUGGCUCCCCCGCGCCAGCGGACGACAGCCGCUCAGGAUGACUCUCGCUCUGAAGGCUCCAGCACUGCAAGAGAGCAUAAAACGACAACGGGGAAGUCUCGCAAGGGUGCUGGCGGUGCAGCAGCAGUGGCCGCUUUGAAUAGUCGCGAGGCAAAAGCCUCUGCGAGUUCUGCAAACGUCACCAGCGCUCCGGCUGGAGGCGAACAGGACAAUUUGCCAAAGAUCCCCUGGUCCGAAAUGCCCCUCGAACUCCUCCACUCCUACCGACAUGCCUACAAGCUGUCUACCCCAAGCGCGUUCUCCAGCGAAUACUCCCACUUGCUACUCUCCCGUGGAAUCGGACUCCGAUCACCAACUUCUAUCGCCGCCCAGAGAGCACACCUGGCUCGCCAGGACCAGACGACGAAUGGUUCCCAGUCGAGCGCAUCCACAUCCCGAAAAGCUCUGCAGAGCAAUUCCUCCGCUCCGAAUGGUGUCAGCUCAAGACACAAAGACCGUCCGUCAAACAAAGGCCCGGAUACAAUUGAUGUCAAGGGUGCGCUGCAUCACAUAAUUGGUCAGGAAAGGGUGUGCAAGAACCAGCUGGCCGUCACAGUGCGUAAACACUUCAACAGCGCUGGUCUUGCGGAACAGGAGGCUAUUGCGCGGUUCCUGUACAAGGUCCGUGAAGAGGGACGAGGACGACACUUCCGUCUCAGAUUCCAGCCAUAGUUCCUGCGCCAUCCUUCUAUGACCUCGUCUUUCCCUUUUUAUCACCUACCUCUGAUCCCGGAAGAAUCAUCCCGGACCUGCGGAUAUGUCGUGGGCAUAACCUCGGCUCAUUGUGCUUCUGGUCUUGAGCA